AUGAAGGUGUUAACAUUGGGUUUUCUAGCUUUCUGUGCUCUCUUGAGUGUUUCUCAUCAGCAAGGCUUUGGUGUUGGUGUGGGCCUCAAUGCAGGAGCUUCCAUUGGUGGUGGUAUUUAUCCUGGCAUGGGUGGCUGCAAUUGUCCUCCUGGCCCACCCGGUCCUCCUGGUGGUAAUGGCUUACCCGGACCUGAUGGUGAUCCAGGCGAGAAAGGACCCUCAGGUGACCCAGGCGAUUUAGGUUCCGUAGGUCGUCCUGGUGAUCGCGGCCAUGAUGGUCGUAAUGGUCCCACCGGACCGCUUGGUGAAAAUGGUCGUCGUGGUCCAAGAGGUUUUACUGGUGCUAUAGGUGCUGUUGGACCUAGAGGACCGCCGGGACCUCCUGGUCCUAGAGGUUUACCAGGAGCUGCCGCUAACCCGGCAGCGAGAUCAUCGCUUUACAAUUUAGAAGAUUUUGAAUAUGAUAUUGAAGAUGAAGAAAUGUUACAAUAAAGAAAAUAAUUUAAUUGAAAACAAAACCAAA